AUGACGUCUCCUUUUUUAGUCGACAACAUUUUGCAUCAUCAAAAAACUGAAUUACACAAUCAAUAUAUUAACCAACAACUAGAAAAUUACGUUCGUCAAAAUUACGAGAGAUCCAGAGACAAUACACCAGAGAUAGACGAAACUAAAUUGCCAGAGGCCGACGAAGAAAAUCGUGCUGAUGAAUUAGCAGAUGAUACUAAACUCGAAGAUGAUGACUCCAAAUCUCGUGAUGAAGAAUACGCCAUUAAAAAUGAAGUAUAUUAUAACAAUGAUUAUUUUCAAAGAAACGAAGAAAAUAGGUCUGAGAAAGAAGUUCUUAAUGUACCCAAUUUGGUUAGGCGAUGUCAAACUUGUGGCUCGUUUGAUUGUCCUCCGUUUUCUUGUAAGAAGUCUGGUAUCAGACGUCUGGAAGAGCUGGAAAAACGGUUCAAUCUCAAUUAUCAGGAGAAUUCUGGUGAUGAAGCUGAUAAGCAGGAAGGGAAGGCGUUCACUGAUGAAUUGGUCAGAAGCUGUGAGGAUUAUAAUGAGCCAAAGAAACCGAUGUUGAAGUUUAGUGUCAGUGCUAUACUCGGAGAAGAUAAUUGCAUGAGAAAUAACAGUAUCGGGGGUGAGUUGUUUGCAAUAUUUGUUUAA